AUGCUUCUUGGAAUCCAGCCUUGCAGCUCGAAGUCUGGUCUGAAGGCAGAGUUACCCUGGCCCUCGGGUACGGCCGAAAAUCCACUCAAUGUCGAUGCCUCCGGGCAUCCGAAAGUGGUUCGGUCGCAGCUCCGAGCAGGCCUGCUGAGGUGGCAUCCCGACAAGUUCGAGCAGCGCUUCGGGAGGUUUCUGCCUGUGGACGAGAAGGUGCGUUCUUCCAUCUUCGGCCGUGUAAAGGCGCUUGCGCAGCAGCUGACGCGCCUCAUGGCGCCAUGCUUAGCUGAACCGCCCUGCGCGAAGUUCUGCGGAGUUGUCCUGCCCAUAAUCCUCAAGCGCACCAUGGCAGAGACGUAUCAGACCUGGGUGCUGCUCGAGUGGCCUAGGCUGUCUGCCUCUUGGCUGCUUUGCCUACAGCUGUCUGGCUCGCUUUCCAUAUUCGACAAUGUCAAUGUCAGCAGGCUCAAGGACGUGACAGACGAGCAGCUCACGACGGCCUUGCUCGGUGGAUCCGUGGAUGUGUGUUGGCUUCAAGGCUGCUGGGAGCUAGGCCCCUAUGGACGCCAGCACGAUCUUUCCGACCCCGGACGUCGGCAGCACUUCCAAGACUGCCUCCCCGACUUUUCUGAGGCUGAUUGUAUCGGUUCUCCUUAUGCCAUCAGCCGCUACACCUGCAACCCGGACCUGGGCACAGAGGAGGAUUUGGCAGAGUUCCGGGCCCGUUUGGCCUCGCAGGGGGUGGCACUCAUGGUGGACUUUGUGCCAAACCACAUGGCAAGAGACAGCACUUGGAUCGACAUCCCGGACCUGUUCAUUCGAGGCCGUGACGGGAAAGUCGCCUUCGGCAAAGAUCCGUACUCGGGCGACUGGACCGACACGGCUCAGUUGAACUACUGGUCGACAGCCUGCAGGGAGCACAUGUUACAGCAGCUGAUGGACGUGGCGGAGAGAUGCGACGGCAUGCGCGUGGACAUGGCCAUGCUCUGCGUGAACGACGUCAUCGAAAGGACCUGGGGUCACCACCUCCGUGAGCAGGGCUUCCACCGGCCGGGGGAGGAGUUCUGGGUUUGGGCCCUCCCGCAGCUCCGCGCGCGCCAUCCGAACUUCCUGCUGGUCGCAGAAUGCUAUGAGUACGAUGAGAUCCUGCCCAGCGGCACCAUGCGUGAGCUGUUGCGGCAGGGCUUCAGCGCUGCAUACGACAAGGUCCUUUAUGACAGGCUGACUGAGGGGCACAUGGACAAGCUCCGGGGUCACAUCCUUCACAGCCCGGACAUGGGCACAGGACGUCUCUGCCACUUCACAGAGAAUCACGACGAGGACCGCGCUGCGGCGCAUUACGGGCCCCGCGCGUUGGCGGCGACCGUAGCCUCUCUGUCUCUUCCGGGCCCACGCCUCCUCAUGUGGGGCCAGGCCCUAGGGCUCCGGGCGCGGCUCGCCGUGCACCUUCGCAGAGCCCGCCAAGAGGCUCCCGAUUCAGCUCUUUCCACUAUCUGGCCUCGGCUGCUUGCAGCGCUGCCACACUGCCGGGGCAGCUGGCAGGCGAGUCUGCCUGUGCAUGGGGACGACUCUUGGAGGUUCCUUGCAUGGGGCUGGAAGCCGGAUCGUGAGGCCGCCAAGUCCGAGGUGGUCGCUUGCAUCGUCGUCGUGAACUUCACCGAUUCGACGGGCUGGGCCACAUUGAAGCCGCAUGCCCGCAGAGCACAGCCACAAUGA